UAUUGCGUAUAAAUGUCGCAUGUCACUAUUUUGGUCUGUUUAUAUAAUUUGUCGUUGCUAUCUAUAACCGUCACUGAUCCACCGACAUUCCGUUUAGUCUCUGUUAACGAACAAACAACAACUACUGUCAUAUCUGGUCACUGUGCCCUCUGAAAAUGUUGUUGCGCCACACGAUAAGAUUUUAGUUAGUUUUUUUUUAAGGCGUGAUUUUUCAUAAGAUUCGCGAUAAACUCUGCGACACGAAGUGGUUAAAACAAACGAAAAUGCUGUUUGUAGUAAGUUCAGUCGUUGACUUGCGCAUCUACAGUUUAUCCGUUGUGUUCCACGCCUGCUCGUCUCCCAUCUGUUCUAUAAGAAAAAGAUGAUGGAGCGAUGGUUACAAUUUACCUUGAUUUUUGUAAUCACUCAAGGCUACUCUUGUGCUAUUUUGAAGGAAUUUCCUACAGUGCCUCUCGAAUUUACUUGUCCGGUUGAAGACGGCUUUUAUAGUGUGAACAAUCAGUGCACUACAGAUUAUUGCUACUGUCAAAGUGGAGUGAAAAUACGAUGCCAGCCGUGUCCGGAACCACAACUAUUUGAUCCGGAAAGUGAGACUUGCGUCGAACCCGCAUAUUGUUUCGAAUGUCCUGCUGACGAGGGAAAAUAUCCUGUUCCUCAACAAUGCGUCGGUGACUAUUAUGAAUGCGUUGCCGGAUACCCGCAAAAACUGACAUGCCCUAACGACUACAUCUUUGAUCCUGCGACAUAUGAAUGCGUACCUUCCGAGGAAGCUACAUGCAUGGCGCCAUUCGACUGCGGUGAAAACGGCUACUACACGUACCCUGAUUCUUGUAGCGGAUUGUAUUUUCUGUGUGUUGACGGCACAAGUUUCCCAAUGUAUUGUCCAUCGGGUUCCGUAUUUUACAAAAACUCGUCUACCGCUACUUGUAAGCCAAUAGAAGAAACAUGCAUGCCUGGGCCAAUAACCACUACACCAACUACGACACCAACUACUACCCCAACUACUACACCAACUACUACACCAACUACUACACCAACUACUACCCCAACUACUACCCCAACUACUACCCCAACCACUACCCCAACCACUACCCCAACCACUACCCCAACCACUACCCCAACCACUACACCAACAACUACACCAACUACUACCCCAACUACUACCCCAACUACUGCCCCAACUACUAUCCCAACCACCACCCCAACCACCACCCCAACCACUACACCUACAACUACAACAACCACUAAAACAACCACUACACCAACCACGACCCUCCCCCCAGGUUUUAUUUGCCCAAUGCCUAAUGGCAACUUCGAAAUUCCCGGGAAUUGCACUUCGUUUUAUAAUUGCACCAAUGGAGUAUACACUGUACAAAAUUGUCCACCCAAUACAGCUUUCAAUCCUGUUGUUGGAGCCUGCGAUUUUCCUUUCAACGUUCCUGGAUGUUUUUACUUAAGAACUAACGAAGAUGAAACCAUAACAACAACCACUAAUCCAACCACGACUGACCCAGGUUUUAUUUGCCCAACGCCAAAUGGUAACUUCGAAAUUCCGGGGAAUUGCACUUCGUUUUAUAAUUGCACCAAUGGAGUUUACACUAUAAAAAAUUGUCCCUCCGGUACAGUUUUCAAUCCUGUUGUUGGAGCCUGCGAUUUUCCUUUCAACGUUCCUGGAUGCUCAACCACAACAACAAUCACUAAUCCAACCACUAAUCCAACCACGACCCUCCCCUCAGGUUUUAUUUGCCCAACGCCAAAUGGUAACUUCGAAAUUCCUGGGAAUUGCACUUCGUUUUAUAAUUGCACCAAUGGAGUUUAUACUAUAAAAAACUGUCCCUCUGGUACAGUUUUCAAUCCUGUUGUUGGAGCCUGCGAUUUUCCUUUCAACGUUCCUGGAUGUUUUUACUUAAGAGCUGACGAAUAUAAAACCAAAACCACUACAACAACCAGUAAACCAACCACGACCCUCCCCCCAGCUUUUAUUUGCCCAAAGCCAAAUGGUAACUUCGAAGUUCCUGGAUAUUGCACUUUGUUUUAUAAUUGCACCAAUGGAGUAUACACUAUACAGAGUUGUCCCCCCGAUCUUAUUUUCAAUCCUGUUAUUGGAGCGUGCGAUUUUCCUUUCCUCCUUCCCGUGGAUCCCAAUGGAUGUUAUGUCUUAAAAGCUGACGAAGAUGAAAAAGACCGACUCCUAGGUAUCGAUACAAAUUUUCAUUGCUCCGGCAAUGGCAACUGGCCGCAUCCUACUCAGUGCCGUCUUUUCUACACCUGUGACAAUCAGUCGGCUAUUAAACGAGCCCAUCUUUGGCAAUGCAAGAAAGGUUAUUUUUAUGACACCAAGUACCAAAGAUGCCGGUAUUCGAAAGUCACUGACUGCGGUGACCGCAUUCGAUAGAACAGAAUCAACAUAGUAACCAACAUAAUGUAUGUUCAACCGACUAUGUGAUGGACUCCCGAAAAGACAGGUGUGAUUUUAAAAGAGUAUAUUAAUUAAUUAAGAAAACAAAAUAAACAAAAUAUUACUUCAUCAA